AUGUUAGUGAUGAUGGUUUCAAUGGUAAGAUCAGAUUCACACAACUAUACUGAUGCAUUAACAAAGAGUAUUUUAUUUUUUGAAGGUCAAAGGUCUGGAAAAUUGCCAAGUUCUCAACGUAUGAGAUGGAGAAAAGACUCUGCUCUUCAGGAUGGCAACAAUAUUCAUAUGGAUACGGUUGGUGGUUAUUAUGAUGCUGGUGACAAUGUAAAAUUCCAUUUCCCUAUGGCAUUCACAACAACCAUGUUAGCAUGGAGUGUGAUAGAAUUUGGAAAUCUCAUGGGUUCAGAUCUUCAACAUGCAUAUCAAUCUGUUCGUUGGGGAACUGAUUAUUUCCUUAAAGCCACAACAAAUCCAAACAUUAUUGUGGCACAGGUUGGUGAUCCUAUUAGUGACCAUGAUUGUUGGGAAAGGCCAGAAGACAUGGAUACUUCUAGAAGAACCUAUUAUGUCACAAAAAACAGGCCUGGCUCAGAAGUUUCAGCUGAGAUUGCGGCUGCACUAGCUGCAUCAUCCAUUGUAUUUAGGAGAACUCAUCCUCAUUAUUCUAAUUUGCUUCUUGAUAGGGCUAAACAGGUGUUUGACUUUGCAAAUAAUUAUCGUGGAUCCUAUAAUGAUAGCAUAGGUGAAGCAGCAUGCCCCUUCUACUGUGAUUUCAAUGGCUACAUGGAUGAAUUGAUUUGGGGUGCAGCGUGGUUGUAUAAGGCAUCACAAAUACAAAGUUAUUGGGACUUUGUACAAUCAAAUAUCCAAACCUUAGAGUCUCCUGUUAUAAGAAAUAUUAAUGGUUUUAAUGCUAUUGCUAAUUAUGGUGGUAGUUUUGGUGAAUUUGGAUGGGAUGCCAAACAUGCUGGCAUUAAUGUGCUUGUUUCUCAGUGGGAGAUGAAAAAUCCAUACCAGAAUCCUUUUGUUGCCAAUGCAGACAACUUAGUAUGCUCUUUGUUGCCGGAUUCACCAACCAAAUCAGUCACAUACUCCCAAGGUGGGCUUCUAUUCAAACCUGGAGCAACUAACCUCCAGCAUGGAACAGCAAUGUCUUUUCUGUUAAUUGUCUAUGCACAAUACAUGAAAGCAAAUCAAAAAUCAGUAUACUGUGGGAAUGUAUUUGCUGAUCCUUCCAAGCUCAUAAAUCUUGCAAAAAGUCAGGUGGACUAUAUCCUAGGAAACAAUCCACUUGGGAUGUCAUACAUGGUAGGAUAUGGACAAAAGUAUCCUCAAAAGAUACACCAUCGUGGUUCAACAUUGCCAUCAAUAAGGACACACCCACAGAAAAUUGGGUGUCGUGAUGGAGACAAAUAUUUUCAAACAUCAGCACCAAAUAUCAACAUACUAACAGGGGCAAUUGUUGGAGGGCCAGCAGAGGAUGAUUCUUUUGAAGACUCACGAUAUAAUGUUCCACAAUCAGAACCAGCUACGUAUAUUAAUGCUCCUUUUGUUGGUGUUUUGGCUUAUAUCAAACACUAUAUGUAG